AUGGCUACUCAUCAUAUUUCAAUUGCCAAAGCCGCAUUUGCCGCUUCCCUCCUACGACCCGAUGUUACCAAAGUCUCUCGUGAUGACAUCCCCCAAUUCCACAGCGCCCUCGAAGCUGCGCUCGAACGGUGCUCGAGUGACAACAUACAGACAUGCAAACGGUGGCUUUUGGAAAAUGUCAUGAUCUCUGCUGCGAGAACCGGCGCCUUGGGAAAAUAUUUGACCACCCUCUCGAAACAUCUCGCAACGCAGCCAGAUGGCACAGUAAGAACCAGCAUCUCGCGCCGGCGACUUCAUAUCCUCUACCUUCUGAAUGAUCUUCUUCAUCAUGCCAAAUGUCACAACUCCGACGUGGACCUCCAGAACAACUCGACACAAUCUCUUCGACCAUUUUUAGUCGACCUUUUUCAGCUUACCGCGUCGGAAGCGAAACUCAGAGUCUCAAGGAGGCUUGACCAACUCGUGAAGAUAUGGGAAGAGGAAAAAUACUUUGAUCGAGACGAUCUCGCCCGUAUACUCGACUCAUUACACGGUAUCACGCCAAAGACUGAGCUCUCGGUGCAAGGACCGUCAAAAUCUGAAAACAAUUUAAACGAGCUUCCUUACGUGAUACCCGCGACGCAUGGAGACCCGACGCUGCCAUUCUAUGAUUUACCUGCGGGGAAUCUCAUGCAUCAUAUUGUCCCCAACAGCUCACAACCGAUGCGACCCGACGAAAUACGCGCUCUGCAAUUUUCAGCCGGCCCAGCCGACGAGAGUCUCGUCAAUGCACUGAAGGAUUUCCUGAAGGACGUUGAGCGAAUUGAGAAUGCGAUCCCACAGCCCGAAGAAGAGGAACCGCCUGUGGAAAUCGACGAGAUGGGUCAAACAUCAUGUCAUGACGAGGCGGGAGACUUAGUUGGAGACACUUAUUACGGAUGGUCGAGAUCGUUCUGCGAGAAGAUGAAGAAACGUGAGAGAGAUGACAAGCAUGAUUCGGCCAGACGAACUCGUUCAAGGAGUUCAAGCCGCAGUCGCAGCCGCAGCCACGCCCGGGUACAUCACAAACGCAGGCGUCAGAGUGAGUCCUCGAGCGCCAGUUCCAGGUCGUCUCGAUCCUACAGCAGAUCAGCUUCCCGGAGUAGAUAUGGAAGAAUCAGUAGCCGAUGGGGUGCGAGUCGAAGUCGAAGUCGAUCACCAUCGAGAACUCGCUCUUACACUCUCGAAAAGAGCCUUCCGCGGUCAGGGCUACCUCCAAGAAUCAGCCCACCGAAACAUUUCGUCAACACCCCUCCCGGGCCGCCACCACCACCGCUCCUGUCGACAAGCAUUGGUUUACCAUUUCCUCCGUCGCCAUUUGAUCCCGGCAGAAUCCCUGUUCCACCGCCCUGUCCGCCAAAUUGGACUGGACCAUGGCCGCCGCCACCUCCUCCCCCCCCUCAGGGAUACCAGAAUUUACCGAUUCCUCCAGCACCGCCUAAUCUACCGCCUCCACCUCCUCCGGGGAGCUGGCCUUUCCAACCAAAUGAGCAGUUCGGAGGAAGGAACGAUCCACCGGGGAGACGUCAAGGAGAUCCAGACGUACGGGUUAAACGAAAUUGA